UCGGCUUGAGCGGCAGCAUCGCUUUGGGACAGCUGUCAGGUCGUGGCGCGGCCGCCAUGGAACGGCUGGGAGAGGAGGAAGAAGAGGCGGCUGCUGAGGAAGGAGACGCGCUCGCCUUGCUCGUCAGGAGGCAGCGCAAGGAGAAGCGGGAGCUGCAGGCCAAAAUCCAAGGGAUGAAAAAUACUGUUCCAAAGAAUGAUAAAAAGAGAAGAAAACAGCUUUCAGAUGAUGUUGCCAAACUGGAGGCGAAUCUGGAACAAAAGCAUAAAGAGGAGAUGGAGAAGCUGAAGGAGACACCACCUGAGCAGAUUACGGAGGAUUCAGCAGCUGUAAGUAUGGCAAGACUCGAGCUGGAGAGUACACAACAUGCUCAGCCUUCCCGAAUAUCAAAAGCACAGAAGAGGCGGGAGAAAAAAGCUGCAUUGGAGAAGGAAAGAGAAGAGAGAAUAGCGGAAGCUGAGAUAGAAAAUUUAACAGGAGCUAGGCAUCUUGAAAGUCAGAAACUUGCGCACGUUUUGUCAACAAGGCAACUGGAAAUCAAACAGGUCCCCUCUGAUGGCCAUUGCAUGUACAGAGCGGUAGAAGAUCAGCUCAAGGAGCAACAAAACUCCUGGACUGUUGCAACUCUUAGGAUUCAGACUGCAGAGUACAUGAGAAGUCAUGCAGAUGACUUCUUACCAUUUCUGACAAAUCCAAAUACAGGCGAUGUGUACAGUCAAGAUGAAUUUGAAAAAUACUGUUGUGAUAUAGCAAACACAGCUGCUUGGGGUGGUCAGUUAGAAUUAAGAGCUCUAUCACACAUUUUGCAAACACCUAUUGAAGUGGUGCAGAUGGAUUCACCUCCCAUUAUUGUUGGAGAAGAAUACAAUAGGAAGCCACUAAUACUUGUGUAUAUGAGACAUGCUUAUGGAUUAGGAGAACAUUAUAAUUCUGUAAAACCUCUAUCGGACAUGACUACAGAUAACAAAUGCUAGCACACAGCUCCUCAGAAGACAUGAAUGUUGGAUAUUUUGCACUUGAAGCUAUUCAUCUUUGGAUAGAUCUUAAAGCAAACUGAUUCUGUCCUUUUUUAAUAAGACACAGAUGUUUCUGGUGUGUGUAUAUAUAAAAUACUAGAAAUCUGUUUUUAAGCAGAAUAGAUACUGAUGUAAAUCAUGUUUUAGAAAAUUGUCCCUAAUAAAUAAUAAAUAAAUAGUAUAUUGCUGAAUAUUUGGCUGGCACUGCAUCCUCUGCUUGGUGGUAAAAUCAGUAACUGUUGCAGUUCUAUGAACAGAACAUUUUCUAUGAACAGAACUAAUUAGAUGCAAGAAGAAAUGGAAUUAAGAUACUUUAAAUUGUAAUGCAAAAUUGAAACACUAUUGAAGGCAUAUUAGGACACUAUAAGGUACCUCUUAUAGUUGAAGUGCUUUAAAAGAUACAAAUUACAUUUUUUCUUCGCCUAACUUCACAAUCCAAAGUAAUGUUUGAAGGGUUGGACAUUCCAGGUGCAUUUCAUUCAAAUGCUCAGAAGCCUGGGUUUGGUUUUUGUCGGUUUUAGCUUUUUAAAAAAAAUGAGUUUUGAUUUCUUCUUUGGUGUGAAAUAACCUGUUUCUUUCUCCAUCUUAACAUGUAGAAAGAGCCUUCCUAGACACAUAAGUAGGAAGACAUUGUGCUGCUGGCCCUGGUCAUUUCAAACAUAAUACAUACUCUACAUGGUAACCUAAGAAAUGCAUGGCAGUUUUAUUUCAUUCUUCCAAAAUUUGUGCAAAGUGGCUUACAAUGCAGAUGGCUUACAACACAGAUGCCUUGAUUCUCAGGAUGCUAUUAGGUCAAAAUUGCUGCCACAUAGCAUAUAUACUGUCCAUGUGGAGAUAUUAAUUUACCCAGAAGUCACCUUCAAGUAAACUGAGCCAAUCGCAUUUGUAUGAUGCAAAAGCUGGAACUUUUAAAGCGCAACUAAGGCUUAAAAAGCACUACUGAUCAAACUCGGUUGUGAAAACAGCUGCUUCUAUUUAAAAUCCUUGCAUAUAAUUUUUGUUCAUAAUAGUUGAGGCAUAAUAAACAAUGCCAUCUUACACAGUUAUACUUUUCUAAGACUGUUAUUUCAAUGGACUUUGAAGGGUGUAACUUUCCUUAGGAUUGCACUGUAAAGGUACAGCCAGACUUAAGUUAUUUGAUGUCUUGUUGUGUACAAAAAUGUCAAUUACAUGUAAUGAUCUAUAAUAAAGUAUGUUUUUGUUUCUUCA